AUGCUGAGAAAAGGUCAACAAAGAGGUGAAGGGGGAUGGACACAGUCUUUGCUGAUGGCCGUUGCAUCGGCAGCAAUCGGUGGUUCAUUUCAAUUCGGUUAUCAUAUCGGAUGUGUCAAUGUUCCUGCAAAAAUUAUUAAAUUAUGGAUGAUCGAUUCACAUAAAAAACUUUUCGAUGAAACAUUGACGCUUGAUGAAAUUGGCAGAGUUCAGUGGGCCAUAGCAGUUGGUAUAUUCGCUGUAGGUGGUAUGAUUGGCGGAUUGGGAUCCGGUAAAAUGGCAGAUUGGUUAGGUCGUAAAGGUGCUAUGGUAUUUAAUAAUGUUGUGGCUGUCUUUGCUGCUGUGCUGAUGACAUUGGCUUAUUAUGUUAAUGUAUAUCCAUUGCUAAUCAUUGGACGUCUUAUUAUUGGCAUCAACUGUGGUUUAAGCUCAGGCCUAGUACCGAUGUACCUUACCGAGAUAUCACCGGUCAAUUUACGUGGUUCUCUGGGCAGUGUUGCGCAACUUUUGGUUACUAUCGGCAUUUUGUUCUCCCAAAUUAUCGGUCUACCACAAAUUCUUGGAUCGGAGAAACUGUGGCCGAUGAUUUUCGGAUUCACCGUGGUACCAGUGAUUUUCCAAAUAGCUACACUACCGAUGAUUCCGGAAUCGCCCAAGUAUAAUUUGAUUGUAAAGAAUCGCGCCGAACAGGCUGAAGAGGAUCUGAAAAAAUUGCGAGGAAAGGACAAUGUGAAAGCCGAAAUUGAUGUGAUGAAAGAGGAACAAGCCAAGAUAAACGCUGUUCCCAAGAUGGGUAUCUUUGAUUUGUUUCGUGGUAAUUUGCUAUGGCCCAUGAUUAUUGCAAUUUUAAUGAUGUUAGCGCAGCAGUUUUCUGGUAUCAAUGUCGCCAUGUUUUUCUCUACGAUGAUUUUCGAAGGUGCGGGAUUGGGUGAUAAAGCGGUAUAUGCUACCCUGGUGAUGGGUUUGAUUAACGUCCUCAUGACUGUUAUCUCUGUGUACUUGGUAGACCAUCCGAAAUGUGGACGUGUCAUGUUGCUCAUGAUUGGAUUGAUUGGAAUGUUCUUCGCUUCUAUCGCUAUUGUUAUCUUCAUUUCAAUCUACACAUCAGAUCCAACAAGCAACAAAUGGGCAUCUUAUCCAGCUUGUUUAUUCGUCUUUCUUUUCGUAAUUUUCUUCGCCACUGGUCCAGGUUCCAUUCCAUGGUUCUUUGUUUCGGAACUUUUCACAUCAGGUGCACGUGGUGCCGCAAAUUCGGUAGCUGCAGCAACAAACUGGACUGCAAACUUUCUCGUCGGAACAUCCUUCGAAUUCCUCCACCAACUGUUUCAUCAGUACACUUUCCUGAUUUUCUCUGGUUUCCUGGCAUUUUUUGCAUUCUUCACCUGGAUGUACGUACCGGAGACGAAAGGUCGUAAUGUAGAAGACAUACAAGAAGAGCUGGCUCGUGGUAAAUCUCGAUUCGCUCGAAAUGCAGCAUAG